UUAUUUUACCAAUAAAUAAACAAACAAAGCUUAUUACAUUGCACUCCUAAUCCAGAAUAUCAGUUUGGUUUCAUUUCAAUGUGAAAUAUCUGAACCGUUUUGUUUUCGUUUGAUCACACUAUCAACAAAUCAAUCUCUCUUAUUAAUCGGGGCCGGAAUGGAAUUCGGCGACGGCGGGGGGCAGGACAACGAUUUUCAGAGCCGGCGAGGCUAUAACCAGAGGCCCAAAGACUCCGCCGGCGGCGGUUACAACCAACCCGGCCGGGGCCGUCCGGCCAACGAGCCUCUGGGCCGGACCGAGUCGAACCGGACACUGCUGGACAUCAUACGCGAGGAGGGCGGCAGCCAGAAGGACAGCAGAAAGACGUGGCGCCAUUUCAAGGACAAGCUCCGCCGCCGCAACAGCGGCGGCCGAGGAUCCACGUGGACAUCCACCGUCACCGUCCCAACCUCCGACAUCCCCCUCAACAACAACAACCGGAUGAUCGCCCGCCACCCAUCAACCCGGAUCAACUCGGGUCUCGAAUCCGACCCGAUGGAUCAGCCCAACAUCUCCGCCGUGCCGGAUGCGAGGAUGCCGAGUCUGAACCGGAACCCUAGCCGAGCGAUCGAGCGGGCGAGCGGGAGAUUCGAUCCAUCGGGCCCAUCGACGAUGAAGAGGCUUCAUAGGGAAGAAAAAUACGACCACGAGGAUGAUGGCGACGACGAUGAAGAGGCGGAGGAUGACGACGACGGAGAGGAGGAGGGGAAGAAGGAUACCGACGAGGAAGAGGAUGGGGAGGAACGGCCGGUGAGGAUGUCGUUGAUGUCGUUACUGGCGGAGACGGACGACGAUCAGAUGGGGCUGGGGUAUAUGAUGGAUGAGGAAGACGACGACGACGAUGACGACAACGACGGGUGCGGGGCGGGUGGGGCGGGGUAUAACAACUGCUGCGUAUGCAUGGUGAGGCAUAAAGGGACGGCGUUUGUGCCGUGCGGACACUCGUUCUGCCGGCUGUGCUCGAGGGAGCUGUGGGUGGAGAGAGGGAAUUGCCCGCUCUGCAAUAAUUAUAUCUUGGAAAUUCUUGAUAUCUUCUGAUUUUCAUUUUUUGCUCAUUCUUUUUUU